AUGAAGUUUAUUCGAAAGUACUUGAGAGCAACAGAUCUAGCAACGGAUCGACAGUCGGUAAAAAAAUUCGUUCAUAAAUUUCUUGGAUUCGAUGGGGUGUUUUGCAUGCGGAUGAUAUCAGCACACGCAGGUGAUAUUAUGGCUACAGAGUUAAUUGUUGCCCUCUGGCACAACUUCAACGACAGGGUUCGAAAGAGCCCUAUCGAGAUGUUUGAAGGGGGAGUCACUCAAUCGCCGAGUAAGCUUGACGCAAACUUCAAAACGUGGUUGCUUGGUCAGACGAGGUGA